AUGUCCCAACUGCCAAAGCCACCUCCAGGCUCCAAACCAGCGAGUACUGUCUGGUUGCUCAGGGUCUUGGCAGCCACCACUCUGCCAUCAAGUAUACGGGACUGCUCGCCGACGUAUGUGUCGCCACCUACUGGGAGCGGCAACUCGACUUGCGGGGUAGUGCCGCCGGCGUGGGCGGCGGACCUGUCGCAGGGCGGCGGGGGCGGGCUGUCCGACGCGGAGGCGUCGCGCAUGCUGGUCGCGCUCUGCCACAAGGUCCUCUGCGGAUACGUGGUGUUCGUGCUGGCGCGCCGAGACCUCGCCACAGAGCUGAAGGCCCGUCGGCUGCUGCAGGAUUUGGACAUCCCGUACAUGGCGGUGCUGGCGGAGUCGACGCGCCUUGGUCGCGAACGCAGUGUCAUUCACACCCAGCCCGUGUUCGUCGCUGUUGCCUCGUCCGGCGUAACUGUCGCACCAGAGAGUGUGCGGCCAUUGGGGGAAGUGUGGCUCAUGAUGACUCCACCGGCAUUCGCUUCCUCGGUGCCAGCGCCCUUCCACAGCCUCGUCUUGCAGGAACCACCAUUUGCAAUAUAUGAAGACAGAACGCGAGCCAGCGGCUUCUUUGGCGGUUUGUGGCACAUCCUGGAAACACGGAUGAAUUUUAGGUACUCGGUGUACAUCCGCGCGCUGCCCUCGCUGUCCACGGACCUGGCGUCGUUCCUGGUGCCGUUCUCGGCGCGGCUGUGGUUGGCCAUCGGCGCCACCGUCGUCUGCUCCGCCCUCAUGCUCACCCUCAACUGCCGCCUCAGGCACCACCACUGCCGCUGCUCCCUCACGGACGCCUUCAUGGCCGUCUACGGCAUCAUCUGCGCACAAGGUGCACACGAGACGGCGUGCACGGGCAGCGCCGGCAGACUGGUGCUGCUGGGCGUGCUGAUGGUGGCCACGACGGCGCCCGCAGCCUACUCGGCGGUGCUGGUCUCCCUGGCUGUCCGCUACCCGGACUUGCCCUUCUAUGACCUGCCCGGCCUGCUGAGGCACGGGGGUUACGCUGUUGGCGUUCUGAGGAACUCCACGGAGCACAGCUUCUUCAGCACCACAUCAGAUCCAACAAUGCAGCAGGUAUACAACAGACUAAUGGAGCCUGAUCCUGAUAAUUUUCCAGCAACAGAUACCAAAGCCUUUCAGCGAGUGUGCGAAAAGAAGUUCGCUUACUUCAUCCCUCAAGAGUAUACUUAUGCUAUCAUGGACAACAUCUCCUGCAACGUCGUGCCACUACCCACAACACACUUCCAUCUUAGUUUAACUAUCGCACUAGCGAAAGACAGUCCAUACAAUAUGCUCUUCAACCACAACAUCCAAGUUCUUCGGCGCAAUGGCAUUAUCCAGAAACUGUACAGAGAAUGGUGGCCACGCAGAGAAUAUGAGCAAGAUGACCACUGGGAAGCAGUGGACAUGGAUCAACUUAUGUCUCCAUUUGGUAUAUUACUGAUUGGCAUCCUUGUGGCCUCCCUCAUUGGUGCAGUUGAAAUUUGCUGGCAUCUAAAGCGUAAGAGAUCGUCAACAAAUCCUGCAAAGUAUAGACUGUUCCUCCAGAUGACAAAUAGAAAAGUAUAGACUGAUCCUUCAGAUGACAAAUAGAAACCUGAAACUGAGAUUUUAAAGAUGUAAUGAAAUACUUGAAGCAAGAGACUGACAGGAUUUUACUACUACUUCUACACAUCUGCUGCCACUACUAUUAUACAUAAUUCAGUACUGGGUCAGGAAUAACCCAUGACACUGUAAUGACAACGGAGAUGAUGACGAACACCACCACUACCUUCCUUAUAGACAUCAAUGUACCCAACCCAUAAGAUGCAAAACAUCUGCUGUGAGAAGAUGAUCAAGUAUAUGGACUUGGCAGCUGAGGUGAAAGCCAUGUGGAAACAGAAGUUUGUACCCAUCAUAUCUGUAGUAAUGUCAGUCACUGUUGUGUUGUCCUAAAACAUAUGGAAGAAUAUACAGGACCAAAAACUGCCUCCUCCUCUCUGUUGGCAACUGCUGAAGGCAGUUACACUGCACACCUGCAGAAUAGUUCAUCACAGUCUUGGAGAACAUAGUUGAUUUAGUAGUAACUUGUUAUUUAAACCAUUAUCUUUAUAUCAGUGCCAUGUAAACAUGAGAGUUAUAAUAAUAACUUUCGCCAGAUAGAGUAGGCAAAACAUAGGCAGUAGCCCAGGCUAUUCAACACUGAACCGUAAGGUCCUGCUUCUUACCAGUAACUGAGCACAGG